AUGCGAAACAUUCGCCGGCGGAAGGAACGUGACUUGUGCCUGUUGCGGAAUUCUCGACAACUUCAGGACUGGGCGGCGAAACCUGGAUCCUCGCAGCUCCUGGUGAAAGGCUCCUUCCGUACUCGCCACAUGCUCCGAGACUUUGCCGCAGAUAUGAUCGAACUGCUUCAAAAGGAGAAGAGAGUUGCUGCCUGGGUCCUCCAGUGCAAGGGAAAUAAGUCGGAUUCAUUUGAUACGGCGCAUGCCCUGAAACAGGUUGUGUAUCAAGUCCUCCAGCAAAGUCCGGGUGUCCUGAAUGAACGCGGCGCCUCGCUUACUGCCCAGAGGAUUCAGGAUGCCUCGAGCGCCGAAGACUGGUUCAGUCUGUUGGGAUCUGUCUUGCGAGGGAAUAAGGAAGUGUACUUGCUCUUUGAUACUACGGCUUUUGCCGACGAGGCGCAGAAGUAUAGAUGGACAAAGAGACUCGCUAGCCUAUUUGAUGAGCUGCGGCAACGUCACAUCUCCACAACAAUGAGGGUCGUGUUUAUUAGCUGUCAGCAAGCUGUAAGUCGACAGCUUCAGGCGGAUCUUGAAACCGUCAUCGAUGUGAGCUCGUCCCAAGCGGUGCAGCGGCUGCAGUCUAGACCACUGCUCCCCUCGAAGCAGGCGACCAGCAUAAAUGGUGUAUAA